AUCGAAAAAUUUUUUCACAAAAAAAUAAUAUUCUGUUUUUUUCUUUCUUUUCUUUUAAACUUUUUCCUCAGUGCCAAAACAUUUAUUCAAUAGAAGCAUGAUAACACCUGUUUUUUCGGUACAGCUAGAUCGAAUCAAUUUUUUGUUUGAAAGAAAUGCUUUUAAGAAUUUCUGUUUAGUGAAAAAAAUGUAUAAUUUUCAGUGACAGAAAAAAGUGAAAAUAAUUUGUUCAUAGCAUUUUUUUGUUCUAUCUUAAUGUCCUGACAAGGUUUCAAACUUGUAUUAAUAUCUACAAAUAAUUUCAUAGCAUCAAUAAAAAGGAGAGGUUUGCAGGUUGAGACACGUUGUGGCACGCAAGUUGAGACGCACAAAUUUAUUUUGAAUCCAGAAUUUUCAAAUGGGCCAUGGAUCGAGCAGAUCUGCAUCUUCUGCAAACAUUCUCUCAGCGGAAGAGUUAAUUCUAGUGGAGAACCUCUUCAAGUCAAUGUCCCGAAGUUCUGGUUCGAUUAAGCGUGAAGACAUAUUCAAGCAUUGGUCAAUACAUUUAGACGAGGAUCUCCUGCAAUUUGUCGUACGUUACCUGUGCCACGAACCCGGUAAAAGAAGUUCAGCAAUAAAUGGUGAAAAUUUCGGUCGUCUCUAUGUUUAUGCAGUGCGUGGCAAUUCCGAGGAACGUACAAGUCUUAUUUUCAAUGGUUUCUUCGAGGGCGAACAGAAGCACGAAAUACCCGCUACAACAUUUCUUCAAUAUGUGGAGAGUACAAUUAGUUCCUAUUUGAGAAUACAGAAGAAUUGCACAAGCACGCACUAUCAAAGUUGGAGUAGCAUUGGCUGUACGGUGAAUGUUCGGAGAAUCAGUAUGCGGGCGAAGAGUUUGUGCGAAGAUAUAUUACAGUAUGGCGAUAGCUUGACGGUCGAUCAGAUAGACAAUUGGUUUAGUCAUACGGCGACUUUUAAAUUAAUCCAAUCGCAUGUAUUUCAGUGCCUCUUUCUUGUUUCCCAGAAGAAGAACGAUAAGAAUACAUCAACUCGACUGCACGAUUUGAAUUUGUUACCGAUCUGUAAGGGUUUGGAGAACAUUCCACAUUUUCCCAGUAUUCUAGGAAUUGGAGACGUACUGUUUCUCAAUUUGAGUUUACCUCAUGAAAUGCGUAAUGAAUGGAGAUUUCUUUUCUCGAGUCAAGUGCACGGCGAGUCCUUCUCGACGAUGUUGGGGAGAAUUUCCAUGCAAGGUUCAACGAUUAUAAUCGUUCAGGAUACGGAUGAUCAUGUCUUUGGGGGUUUCGCCACCGACAGCUGGUCACUAAGUCCAAACUUUAAGGGAAAUCAAUCAUGCUUUUUGUUUAAACUAAAUCCCGAGAUCCUAACAUUUCCGUCUAGUAAUUAUAAUGAUCACUAUCAGUAUUUGAAUCUUCAUCAGCAGACGAUGGUCAAUGGUUUGUUAAUGGGAGGUCAACAUAAUUAUCCAGGUCUGUGGUUGGACUGUGAAUAUGGAACUGGAAAGUCGAGUGUAUCGUGUACAACUUUUCUGAAUUAUGCGCAAUUGAGUUGUAAGGAGGAGUUUCAUAUAAAACAUCUUGAAGUUUGGGGCGUUGGUCCACUGCAGGAGAUGGAUGAAGAUUUAAGAGAUUCGAGAUCAAUUUUAGAUCAAGAUCCAACUUCGAAAGUAAUGCUUGAAUUGUCGGGUCGCAAAAUGCACAGCGAAGGUAUAAGAGAAGAGAGACCUACCUGAGGGUCAUUUCGAAGGUUGAGUAAACGCGUUUUCUUUGUCAAAAAUUAAAUGUAUUUACGAAACUUUCAUUACGAAUAAAAAAUAUUUAGUGCUAUACAAGUAAAACGAUUGCUUGUUUCUGGAGAAGAAACAAAAAACUCUUUAGUCGAUUUUAAGGCAAAUGCGGGAAUACGAUAUACCAAAUGCAGAGAAACUAUUCAAUAACGAAAAUUCUAUUUCUGUGAAGCAAUGUACAUACAUUAAUUAUAAUUGUAGGCUAAUUUUAGGCAUUAUGGAGAGCAUCGAAUGAUCGUUAUACUCACAACGGCCUGAUAUACUAAUUGUAAAUUAAUUUUACUGAUUGUUAAUUGUUUGCUAUAUAGCUUUAUCAACUACGAAAAAUAAUGAAUGUUUCGACAAAAAGUGUGAUAUGUCGUUUUUAUUGUAAUUUCGUUACAUAUCUUGACAGAUGUUUCUAUCUUGUCGGAUGGCUGAAGAAAUAUACCUCUUUAGAAAAAUCAUAAGUUUCAAAAGUAGUUUAAUUUCUAAAUAUUUUAUUUCUGAUUUUUAUCUUUAGAAAGACAUUAAUUAUGUUAUGAAUUUUAACUCAAAAGUUGAAAAAUUUGAAAAAAAUCUAGAAAUUCAUAACAUAGUUAAAGUUUUCCAAUCCUGGAAAUCCAAACUAAAAGAUACCAUUUUUUAAAUAAAAUGUUUGUUAGCAUAAUAUAAAGAUUUUUUUGAAUUGUUAAGUCUUCUUGUAGUCUGAAAAGGGUAUAUUUCUGAAUGCAAUUCACGAUUUAUGAAGUAUGAUGUUGACUAGUAAGAAAAUAUUUAUAGCUAUCGAUACCCUAUCCCACCUAGUCAUUUUUUCUGCGUCGAAUUAAAGAUAUUGUCACAUUAAGUCUUCUCUCAAUAUACGAUUUAUACUGUAAAGAUAAAUAUUUCUUUUUAAAUGCUCCAAAAAAACUGUUAAAUUAUAAAACUUGAAAAACUAUGAAAGUGAAUAAAACAAGUUUAAGAAUAUUAAAAUA